GGAGGGCCGGGGCCGGCCGUAGCCUGCGCCAUGGAGAGCCCGCUGGCGCGCUGCAAGAUCGUGGUGGUGGGCGACAGCCAGUGCGGCAAGACGGCGCUGCUGCACGUCUUCGCCAAGGACGCCUACCCCGAGAGCUAUGCCCCCACCGUCUUCGAGAACUACACGGCCAGUUUCGAGAUUGACAAGCAGCGGAUCGAGCUGAACAUGUGGGACACCUCAGGCUCCACAUACUAUGAUAACGUGCGCCCUCUCGCCUAUCCUGAUUCAGACGCUGUUCUCAUCUGCUUUGACAUCAGCCGUCCAGAGACCCUUGACAGUGUCCUUAAAAAGUGGCAGGGGGAGACACAGGAGUUCUGCCCCAGUGCCAAAGUGGUUCUGGUGGGAUGCAAACUGGACAUGCGCACCGACUUGAACACUUUGCGGGAACUCUCCAAACAGCGCCUUAUCCCUGUCACACAUGAGCAGGGCAGCCUGCUGGCUCGGCAGCUGGGCGCUGUGGCGUAUGUGGAAUGCUCUUCUAAGGUGUCCGAGAACAGUGUUCGGGACGUUUUCCACGUGACCACCUUGGCCUCUGUCAACCGUAUGCACAAGCAACUGAAGCGGAGCAACUCCAAACGGGGGCUGAAGCGGGUCUCGCAGAUGUCUGGGCGGAUGGACUUGUUGACUGACUCCGAGAUCAGCAAGGGCCGCGCCAAGAGCUGUUUGCUGAUGUGAGAGGAGAGGAGCCCCCAACCCCCCCCGGAGAGGAUGGACCUUAUAACUUUAUGUGUCUCGUUCAUCUCUUUUUGUCAAGGAAAGGGCCACGGGGAGGCCGCUUUCCUUUGGGCCUCCUCCCCACCAACUCGCUGGCUGGGCAGGGAAGGCUCCCUGAAGUCGCAAACGCAACGGUGCUAUCCUGGGAGGGGGGACUGUGGCACAGCGCUCAGAAGUGCUCAGGUAGGAGGAGGAAAGAGCCCAUCGCUGUGGGUGGCACAGGCAGAAGGAAAAAAACCUUCAGGUCCUGAGCUUCAGAGCCAGCUUCCAGGGUCUGGUGCCCAGGCAACCGGUUGGCUGGUCUCAUCCCAGCUGUAGUGUAUGCGUGGCAGUAUGCAGCGUGCAUGGCAUUGGGUGUACACAAGCUUCUCUGUGUCUGGAAUGCACACGCAGCUGAGAUGUGAGGCUGGUGCUCAUGCUUCAUAUCAGCCACGGAACAAAGAGGGGAGGAGUAGAGGACAAAAUGGAUUUCCCCUAGGAGGGAGGGAGUCCCUGAGGUGGCUGGGCACCUCACAAUGCUGCAGAGAAGCCCCUUGCCUUGCUGGGCCGCUGGGGCUGCAGAAGCAAAGAGCUGAAUGCUCUCUUUCCCCCCCCCCCCCCCGCAGCCAUGUCUGCUGGAGCUGCCCCCCACCCCAAGCUGCCUGCGUUGCAUGACUUCCACAUUGCUUGCCUGCUUCCCAAGAAGCAGACAUGUCAGGGCAUGGGCCCCCCUCUCUUCCCCCCCCCCCCAGCUUCUCCUGGCUUCAGACACUUUGGACUGAUACAGUGUGAUGAUACUGGUUGCUUGUGUUUUGGAUUCCCACCCAUUCACCCUCACGCAAAGCGGAGAAGAGGAUAGCGCAGUUUGCUGCCGCAGGUAGUCAAUAAAUCAUGCAAUUACAAACUAGGAAA